AUCCAGUUCACGAUACCACGAAUUACUUACCUUUCUAUACCCGCUUUCACGUCGCUUCCCUCAUUUUCUCUCGUCAUGGCCACUGGUAUGUUUAUUCAUUCUUCGCUACCUCCUGUUCCACUACCACCACUACCACCCCUACCACCACUCUCUCCCCCUAUUCACCAUUCGCUCCCCGCAUUGAUCCUCACCAAGGCAUCCCAACCCCGAGAGCUCAUAUCCCACUAACCAGAUCCAACCAGAUCUAGACGGAGACUCCCAAAUGGCUUCUUCCCCCGAAUCCUCCCACAUGCACUCCGAAGACUCCCCCGUCGGAUCCCGUACCCCCACAAACAACACCCGGACCUCUACCUCCCAAUUCCCAGGCACCUCCGAGCUCUCACCACCCGGAUCGCAGACACAGUCCAUAUCCACUGAUAUCGGAGGAAUCACCGGAGUGGGGAAUACUAGUACACUUGGAGGCUCUGGGGAAACGACGUCCGCUCAGCAGCAGCAACAACCGGGGGCAUCGUGGAUGAACAAACGGGCGGAAGAGGAGUACCAACGGGCCAUGGAUUAUGUGGUCGAUCAGGAUUUUAGCCUGGAUGAGUUCGGGGAUCCGUUUGAUGAAAGGGAUAUGGAGGAGAAAUUGUUCUAGAGCUAUGGGCUACGGAUGAGUAUGGUGUUUAGGGUGUUUCUUUCUCUUCGAGUGCUUGUAUUCUUGGGACAUAACUAGAGGUGUGGUUCUUGAGUUAUGUAAGAUGUGAAUGAUUUAUGAGAUAUGAUUGUCGAAUUUGCGGGCUCUUUUGAAGCUGUUUUUAAGAUGAGAUGGGGUCAUUGCGGCCAAACGUCUUAUGCGUGAUGGAGGUCUACUGGAGUCAGCAAAGUGAGGGUUGAUAUUGCAGUACAAGUCGGGGUGGUGAUCAACUUGGGAGUCCAACGUGAUAUCCAAUGGAGAUUUGGAUUUAUAUGAACCAUGAUAUCAUAGACACUGUCCUAACCCACAAGAAUCACAUGAACUGUUCAAUGAAGAGCAAACGGUUCUCUAAAGUGAAGAAAGGCCAAUCAUU